AUGGGUUCAAAACAGACCAUUAGCGCCAUCAGGAGUGCAUACGAUAAAGUCGAUGAGUCCAAUUCUAGACACAUAUUCGGAACUUUCCUGGACAUCACUGGUGCUUUCGAUAACGUGAAGUGGUCAUCGUUGUUAUCACAGAUGGAUAUCCUGGGCGCAUCACUAGGCACAUCCAGAAUUGUCAAAUCAUAUCUCCAUAAUAGAUGGGCUGACCUUAGAUUAGAAGCAGUGUUAGGACUUAUCUAG